AUCCAAAAAAUAACCACUUCAGGGGAGCGAGUCCCGUUGUCGUCGUCGUCCCUGGGUAGAGUGAACAAUUCUGGACGACUCGUGACAGUGUCUCUGUAUUCCGAUGUCGGACAUGGACCCUCCUCCCAAGAGCUGGAGCAUCUACACCCGAGCUGAGAUUCUCGCCAAGUACGAAGUCAUGGAGCGAGUCGGCGCUGGAGCUUACUCCGACGUCUACAAAGGCCGUCGUCUCUCCGAUGACCUCAUCGUCGCCCUCAAAGAAGUUCACGAUUGCCAAUCUGCCGUCCGAGAAAUCGAGGCCCUGCGGAUCCUCCAGGGAUACCCUAAUGUCGUCGUCUUGCACGAGUACUUCUGGCGCGAGGACGAGGACGCCGUCCUCGUUCUCGAGUUUUUGAGAACUGACUUGUUGACGGUCAUCAAAGAGGCCAAGAAGGAGGGUGCGGGUCUAAGCGUUGGGGAGAUUAAGCAGUGGAUGAUCCAGAUUCUUAGCGGGAUCGAUGCGUGCCACGCAAAUAUGAUCGUGCAUCGAGAUUUGAAGCCUAGUAAUUUGUUGAUUUCGGAGGAUGGCGUGCUGAAGUUAGCUGACUUUGGACAGGCAAGGAUACUUAUGGAGCCCGAAUUUCAUGCUAUGGAUGAAAACCCACCACCUUAUGAAGACGAUACUUCACAUACUGAGAGACCACUUCAACAUCCUGAAGUCUUUCCUCAGACACACAACCAAAACCAAGAAAGCUAUGGAAAUCAAGAGCAGGAAACGGAAGCUCAAGAUGAAUAUUAUAGAGUAUUAGAAGAGAUAAAAACUAAGGGCUCGAUAGAUGACGUGGAUAAGGAUACCAACUUUCAGGAUGGAAAUACAUCUUGUCUUGCAACUUGCACAAUAAGUGACAUAGAAGAUGAUUUUAUGAAGACUUCGUUUACGUAUGAAGCAGAUGAGAGAGACGAUGAAGAAGGUGGUCUCACACCAUGCGUUGGAACCCGAUGGUACAGGGCUCCUGAACUGCUUUAUGGAUCAGAUGACUAUGGGUUAGAGAUUGAUCUCUGGUCAUUGGGCUGCAUCUUUGCAGAGCUCAUAACUCUUGAGCCCUUAUUUCGUGGGACAGGUGAUAUUGAUCAGCUCAGCAGAAUUAUUAACGUUUUAGGCAACCUCAAUGAGGAAGUUUGGUCUGGUUGUUCCAAGCUUCCUGAUUAUGAAAAAAUCUCGUUCACCAAGGUGGAGAACCCUCCAGGUCUUGAAGGCUGCCUUCCCAACCGAUCCCCCGAUGAAGUCUCUCUAGUGAAGAAACUGGUUUGUUAUGAUCCGGCUAGAAGAGCUACAGCAAUGGAGCUUCUCCAAGACAAGUAUUUUGGUGAAGAACCACUUCCUGCGCCUAUUUCUGAGCUGCGGGUUCCUUUGACAAGAACUGCACACGAUGAAGACUCUUGUGGUAGGCCUUGUGAUCUCAAUGAGCUGGGUUUCGAUUCUGAUUUUGAGGACUUUGGCGCUGUGCAAGUCAUCAGAGCUGGUACUGGUUACUCUAUACGAUUUCCCUGAGUCCAAAAAAUUCAAGGUACAUUCUAUGUUUCAGAUGGUUGCAGCCAUUAUCGUCAUUUGACUGGUUUUUUCUCUGUUAAUUGUCACAUGUAAAAUCUAUGGAUGUCAAGUGAAAGUUUUGAGAAAUUCUGUGAUUUUUUCCUCA